AUGUCCUUCGCCGCGCGGGUUGCCUCAACCUUCUUGUCACGUCUCUUCCGCCCUUUCUCGACCAGCUCGCCCAUCCUCUCCGUGACCCCGGAGUCGCAAGCGCGCAAGAUGUCCACCACCACUGAGAAGGCCACCCUCGCUGCCGGUUGCUUCUGGGGCGUCGAGCACCUGUUCCGGAAGCACUUUGGCAGCGGCAAGGGCCUUUUGGACGCUAAGGUCGGUUACUGCGGUGGCCAGACUUCGUCGCCUUCCUACCGCGCCGUAUGCGGUGGUGAUACUGGUCACGCCGAAGCUCUCCAAAUCUCCUUCGAUCCCUCCGUUGUGAGCUACCGCCAGCUUGUCGAGUUCUUCUACCGUAUGCACGACGCGACGACAAUGAACCGCCAAGGCCCUGAUGUCGGCACCCAGUACCGCAGCGCGAUUUUCACGCAUGGCGAGGAGCAGCAGAAGGUCGCCGAGGAAGUUACAGAUAAGGUUAGCAAGGAGUGGUACAAGAAGCCUGUGUCUACUCAGAUCGUGCCUGCUGGGCAGUGGUGGGAUGCCGAGGAAUACCACCAGCUGUACCUGAACAAGAAUCCCGCUGGAUACGAGUGCCCUGCUCACUUCGUGCGCAACUUCCCUCCUCUCUCGGAGUGA